UGACACUCUCUGGGGUGCAGGUCGACGCCGCCCGAUGCAGUCGUCGAGGGAAGAGGUCGCCCGGCGCUGGAUGGAGAUGGUGCUCGGCGAGAACAUACAUGGCGUCUUCGUGGAAGCGCUUGAGGACGGCGUCAUCCUAUGCUUGCUCAUCAACCAGCUCUACCGCGCCGUGGGCAUGAAGCAGUCGAGCUGCCCGUUUGACGAAAAGCACGCGACCAAGCCCGCGGGCUACCAGGCGCGACGACAGAAUCUCAAGAACUUUCUCUCCGCCUGCCGCUUCUUUGGCGUGCCCCAAGACGACUGCUUCCGCCCGAGCGACCUGCUCAAGCGCCCGAACCCCGACAAAGUCUAUACGACGAUUCUGUCGCUACAGGCCGCCGUCAUGCACCUCUCGCGCCAGCGCACGCCCGAGGAGCGUGCGUCGCUCGGCUCGCUCCACAUGUCGUCGUCGUCCUUCACAGCGGACAUGGAAGACACCAAGAUGCCCAUCUCGCCCCUCGUCGCCGAGGUUCCGACGCCAGUGGCCCCGUUCGACGACAACGCGCCGUUCGUUGGCGCCGAGAGCGCAUCGGCGUGGACGCAGCUCAUUGCGCAAUACGAAAUGCAGCAACUCCAAAUGUAUUGCACGCCGCCCGACGACGACGAGACGAUCGCCAACGGCGGCACGGGCAAGCUCGCGCACGACUUUUGGCGCACCGAGGAGCGCGUCCGGAUGCUUGUGCGCGAAGAAGCGUUCUGCAAGCACAUGCCGUCGGAGCUGCACGGCCCGCUUUGGCUCAUUUUGUCGGGCGCCAACGUCGAGAUGCGGGAAAACCCGGGCCACUACAGCCGCCUUUUGGCCAACGACCCGAUCAACGCGGAGGCCGUGCGCCAAAUCGACGCCGACGUCGACCGCACCGUGGCGCCCGACGAUCCCGAUUUCUCGCCCGACCUCGUCGACGCGCUGCGCAACGUGCUCGUGGCGUACGCAGCGCACAACCCGACCUUGGGCUACUGCCAGGGCCUCAACUACGUCGUCGCGCGCCUCCUGCAGUGUGUUGGAGACGAAGAAGCAGCGUUUUGGCUUCUCGAGCGCAUGAUCACGAUGCUGCCCGAGGACUACUACACGACCAUGCUCGGCGUCGCCGUCGAUCAGCACGUGUUUGCGUCGCUCGUCGCCCAGCAAAAGCCGGACGUCCUGCGCCACAUUGAGGGUUUGGGUGGAUUUGGCGCCGAGCUUUCGCUGGCAUGUACCGAGUGGUUCCUCACGCUCUUUGCCAGCCCGUGCAAGAAGGAAGUGACGAUGCGGGUGUGGGACCUCCUCUUCAUCGUCGGCAACGAAGUGCUCUUCCGCGUCGCCCUGGCCAUGAUGCACCUCGAGCACGCCAACAUUGUGCACUGCCACAACUACGGCGACGUCCUCACGUGCCUCAACCAGAUGGGCCGGAACGAGUCGUUGGAUCCCAACCUGCUGCUGCGACUAGCCCAAGAGCAGGACAUCCCGACGAUUACGAUCGAAGACCUGCGCGUGAUUCACCGCCUCGAGCUUGCUUCCGGCAUUGCUAGCUCCGUAGCCAAGCAGUCCAUGCCCGAGACGCCGCGCGGGAGCGUCGUCGCGUCACCCUCCAAGCGCCGAAGGCACCGCGGGCGACAGUCCUCGGCCGACCCGCUGCUGUCGUCACGCUCGCUUGCCCGGCACUUAUCGCAGGAAGCGAUCGAAGACCCCGCGACGCCGGACGGCACGUACUUUAACGGGCCUCCUAAGAUUCUUGAGAGUUAUUGGCGCCCAAACGAUGGGUUUACCCUGCCCGUGCGCUGCGAUGACGAGGCGCCGCUGUCGCUCGAUAGGCGGCGGCGCCAGCGCCAGCACUCGGACAUGGGCGGGCGGCGCAGUCUCGACCACGGGCUACGCUCCGCAUCGUUCCGCGAGCAACGGAGCAAGAGCACGGCGGACGAUCUGCGGUCGAGUUUGGACUGUGACCCGCGGCCCGAGAAGGGUAUCACAGUGUUUUUCAAGCGCAUUGAGGAGUGGGGUCGUGACAAGAAGGCGGCCAAAGAGCGCAAGAAGCAAGAGAAGGCCGCGUGGCAGAGUAAGAUCGUAGAGGACUCGGUCGCCGAGCACGACGAGCCGCCCGCGCCCUUUGAGCUGCUCAUCAAGCCUGUCAAAGUCGAGCCCAAGCCGACCGAGUCGGAGGCCUACCUCAUGAUCCAAGAACAAAUCGCGCUCCAGACGCAAAUUCAGGACCAGCUCUCGCGCUGCAGCUUUUCGGUGCUACCAGAGAAGACCAAGACCGCGCGACGCAAGCCAAAGCCAAAGCCCGUGGAAGCCCCCGCGCCGCCCGAGCCUGUCCGGCGCCUCAUCGGGUCUCGAUCGACACCGUCUUUGGCCUCGCUCGAGACGGAAGCGACGCUCUUGGAGGCGGCGCACUUGAGCGGCGACGACGCCGAUGACGACGCCUUGCGAGGGCGCACGACGACGUUCCGGCCUCCGCGCCAUCGCACCGCGUCCUCCUCGAGCAUCCUCGAGAGCCCGCCGACGCACGCGACGUUUGGGAAGCGCCACGUGCCUCUGCUAGCGCUCGAUGCGAGUGUGUCGCCGCCCGAUAUGCGCCGACACACGUCACUGCCAGCGACGGCGCGUCACGUGCAGUCGCUCAACGCGCGUCAAAUGCACCUCGAGAACGCCCGCCUCAUGCGCGAUCGCGCCAACGUCGUCUCGUACUUGCACCGAAAAGCGAGCGAUGUGAGCAGCAUCACGAGCCACAGCGCCGCCGGAAGCCCCGUGAGCGGCUCGGAGGUCGACAUGGCCUUCCGCGAGAGCUUUGGCUCGGACGACAGCGGACGCCGCGUGCGCGGCCAGCGCACCAACUCGUUUUCGUUCCUUGAGCGCCUCUCGGCCGACUUUAACGGGAGCUUGCUCGAAACGUCGGACGCCCACGCGUCGCUCCUCGAGUGCUAAGAUAGAGUAGUGUUGUGAAAUAGCGUCUCUUAAUCGUAGUCCAGCGUCAUCAUAGUGGUUGAGCA